AUGGAUUAUAUGUUGCUGGGUUCAAAAUCUAGAAAAACGGGGUUUCGAUUGAAUAAGUCAUGUGAAAGAGAUAAAUAUUUAAUGGAGAAUAUCAAUGAAUAUUUUAAUGAAGAAAAAAAUGAAAGUCCACAUGUUAGUGAUCAAACUAAGAGGCCUAAAAGUAAGGAUAAUAGCAUUUUUGAUAAGAGUAAUCUUUCCAUUUUGUCACCGUUGAAAAUUGGUAUUAUUAUUUCACCAGAUAAGUUUAAUGAUGUUCCAAGAGGCAACAUUCCUCUUUUAAUUGAUGACGUUGAAUCACAAAAUAUUGUUGCUACCCCACUAUAUAAUAAAAAUUCCUUUCAGGUCAAAUCAAACCUAGAUGUAAAAGACUUUCAAUCAAAUUAUAAUAUUCCAGAAAUAAUCGAAGUAGAGGAUGAAGAGGAGGAGGAAAAUGAAAAUCAAAUUUUAGAAAAUGUACCUGAUCUAUUAGACAAUUCUGAAUUAGACUAUAGUACAGCAGAAGAAAGCGUUCUAUUGGACACGUCACAAGAUGCCCUAUUGGAAACUGAGAUUGCAUCAAGAGUUCAUAACAAAAAAGUCAAAAAUACCGAUACCUGUAGUGAUAUUGACUCUGAUGGAGAAGAUAGUGAUUAUAUUCCAAUAAAAAAUGAAGAUUGCAAACUAGCAGAAUCGAACGUCCCCUUAAGGAGAAGUACACGGAUUAAAGUUCCUAUUCUUGAUUAUUGGAGAAAUGAAAAGAUUGUCUAUAAAAGAAGAUCUGCAAGACCUGAAUUGGAUAUCUUCAAAAUAAUAACUUAUGAAAAUGAAAAUAAUGAUAGUAUUAAUCAGAAGAAAGACACAAGGAAUAAGAAAAGGAAUGGAGUUACAGUUGAUAACGAAUCUUACGAUAGGAAUCAGUUUCUUUCUCCAGUAGAAAACAAUUCGCAAAGAAGAAAACAGAUAAAAGUAGAUUAUUCUUAUUUAAAUAGUAAAAUACAGAAGAAGAUAUCAAGCUCUGGAAAUAAAGAUAUUGAAUGGGUAUCUAGAGGUGUAUUUGAAGGUACUAUAAAAGAGAAAUCAAUUACAGAGGAUAAAUUAGAAUCUAAAAAGGAGAUUCUGGCUAUAGCACCAGAUUAUAUUGAUAAUGAAAGGAUGUACUAUCAAAAUAAUAAUAAUUAUAAAAUAAAUAUUUUAUUUGAUUCACAAAAAGAUUAUUUUGCAAGUGGAUUCAUGACAUUACCUAUCAAUGGUCAAAAAACACUCUCAACAAUUGAUAAUAUCUAUAUAAUCUUCCAUGUAUUGAAGGGUUGUGUAGAAGUAACAAUAUCUGAUAACAAUAAGUUUGUCUGUAUGAAAGGAUCCACAUUCCAGAUUCCCUCUUAUAACUCAUAUUCAUUAGUUAAUAAGGGGAAUAUCGCUGUUAAACUACAUUUUGUUCAAGUGACAGUUAAGUAA